UUCUAACUUCGCAUCCGCAUCACAGCUUUAUUCCGAGAAUGGCUCCGCAGUGGUAGCUUUGCCAAUAACGAUGCAAUUAGGGCCAGGAAAAAGUACGGCUAAAAGGUCCUGUCUGCGGUGCAGAAGCCAAAAGCGAAGAUGCGACAGAGCGUUCCCCAAAUGCUCGCUUUGCAUGCGUCUUCAGCAGGAUUGCAAGUAUGUCGGAUCAACGCCACCUGGGUCUACGAGGGACUUGUCAGAACCCAAGCCUGGACUUGCAGCCGGUCUGGCACCCCAGGAUGUAAAGGCAGACAUCGAAAAUAAUCUAUCUGGUUUCAGUCCAGCAGAAAUUGCCGCCAACUACCUCUCACAAUUACAUCCAUGGUUUCCAAUAAUUUCAGAAUCGAAGAUAUCCAAUGGUAUUUCAACCACAUGGAAAGACGCUACGGUGGAACGCACCCUUUUGUAUUUCACUAUGCUUCUUUUGAUUUCCGAGCCCGAAGGUGAACAAGAUAACGAGAUCCUUUCUCCAAAGUUACAGUUGGCCUACCUCUUUUGUAAACGCUGGACUGUGUUAUUGGAAGCGGCCGGGUCGAACUCUUUAGACCUGAUACGCUCGAGACUUGUUCUUACCUUGUUCGAAGUUGGGCAUGGCUUAUAUCCAGCCGCUCACAUCUCAUUCGGUGCUGUUCUUGGGGCUGUGGAAGCAUUCAAUGAUCACAGUGAGUACAACGCCUCUAUAACGAGUUCUUCCGAUGAAGGAAUAGAGGAAGAAUAUGUGGUCACUAGCGCACUCGCGAUCAUCGAUAGAUUCAUGACAGCUGAGAAAAAGCAAGGGCCUUCGCUCACAAGAGGAAAAGCGCUGUUCUGCCGACUUUCUCCAGUCUACCCACAUUCUACCAUCGCUCGAUCUAGUUCGAAUCAAGCAUUCUCACGACCAUUCGAAGCAUCAUCCUUGAUGGAGAAAGUUCAAAUCGCUCUGAAUGAGCCGACUAGGCGGCAGUCAUUUAAUAUAGAGGAAAUGGCGGUCAUUGUGCAAACAUUAAAAUCAUUCGAGGCAGUUCUGUUACAAGAGAUACCAGAAAAGGGAGCACUCUACUCUGGUGCCCUUGUCCUUUGUGAAAUAGGGCUCGUUCAUGCAUACGAUGCCGGUACAAAAGUAGAUCCCAGCGACGUUGAUACGACUCAUUGCCGAGCAGGAGCACGGAAUGCCCUAGAUCGUUUACUCGAGGCCAAAUUGACAAUGGCUCAACCGUAUCUAGAGGGGGACGAAGAUAUUGAUUUCAAGAUUCUUCCACCAUUCUUGACAUAUCUGGUAUACAAAUGUGCAGCCACGGUGACCGAAAGGCUUCGCGUUGGCGAUGAGUCUCUAUUUAAUUUUAAGGUUUUGAAAUGUCUCAGAGAUUUUCUGGCACUAUUAAGUCAAAGAUGGCUUGCAGGCAGACGAUACUUGAGGCUGCUUGAUGAAGAUACCACCCCUCGCAUGAUGAAAUCGAUACAAUGAGUACAGGCAAAAAUUAGGAUUCAAUUUCACUUGCUGUACUUCUAGGGGGCUAAUCAUGACGUGGACUGUUGAUGCCAUACUAGACAGGAAACCAAGUUACAAGUAAAUUUUUAUUCUUAUUCUUAUUUUAUUUUAUUAUUUUUUUUUAUAUAUAUAUAAUUUACUUGCUGGAUAAGGAUUGAUCAUCUCGAGCUGGUCCUGACUGCCGGGUUAGCCCAUAUGGAUGGGUCGCUUGAGCUCUGAUAUUAUAGAGCACAAGUAACAAAGCAUGGAUGAUUGAUAUGGAGCAUGAUUGAGGGCAGCAAAAAUGAGAGAUUUCCUUGCCCCUUUCGCCACUCGAAUUUGCAACGGCAUAGUCAGUGGGUUCGAUAUAUUCAAUCACUAUCGAUGAAAGCAAUGAAUCCCGUC